AGACCUUGCCUCCAGUAUUUGCUGAGAAGCGUUGAGUGGUGGACGUCUAUCGUUUUAUCGUCGAACGGUUGCAGCGCGCAGAAAAUUAUCGCGACGAGAGUUCAGCAGUUUUCCGAUAGGAUUUCAUUCGAUUCGAUUCAAUCUCGCCUGCAUGCGAAUUGAAUCAGGUGCUCCGCGCUCACCUGUUGUCUGGCUUUGUGGAGUGUAGUGCGGUCCGGAAGUGAAGCGAAAUUGAUUUUUACUGCAUAAGCCAGCGAUUGUCCGGGAAGUGAUAUACCGGGAGCCUCUCAACUUGGGGACUGCAGUCAAUCGAUUUCGCCCAGAGUCUUCAUCAGUGUCGGUUCGUAACGUCCUUCUUGUAUCCUAACAAACUCCUAACUCUUGGUGAAAACUCAGAUGCUCUGGUCAUCCUCCGUGAAUCGCCAGAAGUACCGAACCUGUCCAGCAGUAAAGCGCUUACCGGAUUUUACCGUUCAAAAUCGCAAGGUCCUUUGGUGACAACUCAGGACUUCACUCAGCCUCAGUGAGAAUUAUUUCCGGUCCGGAAUUUGCCCCCAAACUUACUCCUGGUUCCGAGAACCUCUUGAUGUGAAGUGUCAGAAGUUUCGUUCCUUUCAGUUUGAAUUUUUUAUCAUGUGCUCCCCACAUCCCUUUACGUUUUGAGUUUUCUUCUGUUUUUGUUGGAAAAGGAUAAAACAGAGUCGGAAGAACUGUGAAAAUCGGUUUGAAUUCCGUUAGAAAGUGAAAGUUUUGUUUUCUGUUGAAUCCUCGCAAGUGUUCGAGUCGCGGGACUGCAGGUAGUCCUUCGGUUUCAGGAUAUGCCAGCUCAGAAGCCUCACCUCAGCAGGGACGGAAACGUCAACGAGUAGAAAACACAUCAACGUCCUAGUGCUUCUCCUGCCCCGUAAUGUAUCAUUUCUGUGUGAUGCUGUAAUCGAUUCCAUCGAAAAUGUUGCGAACAAGUGAAUCACAAAAAAAACUGAAUUGUUCCAGAGAAACAUAUCCGCGGUGAUACGAUAUUUAUUAUUUAAAACGAGGAAUUUUCUCGGGAGAAAGAAAUUGUUUCAAUUAUUUUCGUUCAUUUUUGGUUUUUAUGUUUUUAAAGUUUGAAUUCGAACCGCCGAAUCGUUUUGCUUCGAUUCAAUUGCGGGGUUCGGUUAGACACGGGGGAGACUCCUCAGCUUUGAAAUCUGAUUGCGUAAAGAUAGUUUACUUGCACGAAUCGCAAUAAAUAUUAAUGUGGGAAAUGUUGGACGACGACGUACAGUGUGAUGAAUGUAGUGGUCCUGGUCCACCACCGAAAUUUCUAAUCCCACCCCCACCAAGGCCGCCAUUCAUGCAGGAGCUAACAAAAUGUGGAGCAGAGGAUGCGUUGCUGAUGGAUUACGAUAUGUGCGAAGCGAUCCCGAUUCUCGACGCAAGUUACCACAGCAGCCCAUCGUUACAAACAUCAGCAAUGAUAGCAGUUUUCUCGUUACUUUUAGUUCUAGUCGUCUUAAUUUCGUCGCUUUUUGUUUGGAAACAUAAACGGAAAGUUCAGAACUUUUUGCCUUGUAAAACGCCAACACGUGGUGGCCAUUUGAGUGGAGGCGUAUCGAGUGGGCAUUCGGUGACGUAUGAAGAUCCGGACGCACAUUUAGGGCAUAGGCCGUUAGUUAUGAGACAUCAUCAUAAUGUUGAGAUGCUUCCGCCAAAGUCAAUUCAUUUUCCUAGUGGCUACCCAAUGACGAGAACACCGCCCUUGUUCGUUUGUUCAUCACCCGGGCCUGAUCCAUAUCGUUCAAAUGACAAUGUAUACGAAGAGCUGGGACCAGGCAGAGAUUCAGACGGCGAAUCGGAACCACCACUACAUUCCGACGACGAUUUUGCCGAGGAUGAAUUGAGUCUUCCUGGAGAUCGAUCGUUCCUGAAAAAUUCUCCGGAUACAGGAGUUGUUGCGACAAUCUAUCACGAACGUGUUACACCUACAAAUAACAAUAGUAUGAAUGUUGCACAUGAACGUAAUUCAAUGAUAUCAUCAUCGACAUCCUCGUCGAACACAGGAGCGACAAGCGAUCAUCACCAUCAGCAACGCCGGGAGCAAGGAGGAGUCCUUGCCGGUCUGGUGCGUCCCUUAGCGGCAUCGGUCGGACGACGAAGACCUUGCAGUAGCAGUAGCGGCAGUACAUUCAAUGGUAGCAAUAAGAAUAAUUCAAUUCGGAAGCAUGGCAAUAGUAAGAAUUUCAAUUCGACGGUAACCGAUGAACUGAAUACAUCGUCCGAACAUACAACCGUUUCCGAUAUUGUUCCUAGCGUCUACGACGACCGUAAUUUAAUGUCCUUAGCAUACAACAAUCAUCAUCAUAAUCAUCAGCAUCAUUACACAAACAAUAGUUUAGCGAAUAUUAGUAAUAACAAUAACAACAAUAAUAACAGUUUGACGAACAGUAGUAGCAACAAUAACAAUAGUAGUAACGCUUUAAGUAGCAAUCACCUGCAUUACUAUGCAAAAUCAACCCCUGGACUGACUGGAGUGCUAGAUAUGGAUGUGGAGCGGCGAAAUCGUAUUAAUAAGCAAAUGCACCACCCUCCGCCCGCUGCUGUCUCGACAAUAUUCCGAGAGCGAGGAAACUACAACAAUAGCUUGUCCAGGCCCCCGCAAUACCCGCAGCCAUACUAUACCCACCACACUUUGUUAAACAGUCAUCAUCAAGGACAAGGGCUGCCAAUUCACUCACACCGUUCCAGAACGAAUCCAAGAAGCCUUGACCGAAGACGUAUUGCUGUACCAAUUGACCAUGAACCUGCUUAUGGCUAUGCCGAGCCUGUUUUCCACGAGGGGCUAAUCUACGAUGCAUGCUUAGCCCAUCCGAAAAGCACAGCUCCUUUCCGGUCUCAACCGCCCUCGUAUCCGUACAUCCUCCCGGAUUAUACAACAUCAUAUCGAACGAUGGCGAAUGGGUUGCCCACACACUAUCAUCAUCCGCAACCACCACAACCCCUGCCGCAGCCUCAGGACUUGCUGCAACCCCAAAUUUAUUCAAGGGAUUCAAGUUUCGGCUCGGAUUCGGGGUACAGUCACCAAACUCAGACAUCUGCCGGGAGAGGUGAAUCUGAUGGAGUCGGUAGGGGGGCGAGUGCAAGCCUGAACAGAACUGAUAGUGGUAGUUUUAGCAAUAGUAACAAUACGGGCACGUCAGCUAGUUGCGGUCAUUCGAAUAGUAAUUCCGUGAGUGGCGGCAGUGGCUCCAAAAUUGGUUUAAAUUUCGCAUGGAAUCGUCGAAUGGGUAAAGAUAACAGCAACACAACAACAACGUCAACAAUAUCAACACCAGCCACAGUUGAUAGUGAAUCCCCUGUGGCGGUGACGAUACCGACAACAGCAACGACGGUAGCCAGCAAUACGGCCAAUCUCGCCCCUACCAAUUUCAAUACUGUCGCCAACAACAAUAACAACAAUAGUAAUAGUAACACAACAAAUAAUACAAGCAGUAGUUGCAAUAAUAUUACGCAGAGCAAAAGUUUCGAAGAUUCUUGAGAGUACCUAGUUGGGAUGCCGAAGCAGUCCUGAUACUAACAACCUACGAGACAGGAUGCGGUUCUGAGUUAUCUGGGCGUAAUGGUGCCCUUACAGUGCUGGGAGCUUGACUAAAGACGGAGAAAUGCAACUGGCAAACUUGGAAAGCAGUUUUGGUUGGAUGCGGGCUCAAGGAAUCCGGUACUAUCCAAGAAAUUGCUUUCGAAAGUUUUGCUAAGAUUUCUGGGAAAUUAUACGUUUUCCGGAACGUUAUAUAAUUUCUGAUAGAAACGGAAGUCGGUACUAUCUUUGCUUCCAGAAUUAGUUUGUUUCUAUAACAACGCGGGAAUCGCUAUAAAGUUCGGGAAAUAUGAUAAAGGCUAAACCGUUUUUAAGCAAGUGUCCAGCACUGAAGCUCAGAUUUUCACCCUCACUUGAGAGCCACAUUGCAUUCUUGCCAUCGCCUUUACCACCUCUUCUGUACUCUUGUUGCAACUGCAAGUCAGAGUUUUUCUAUUUCAAGUUUUAUUCUGUUGUAUUUGAAUUUCUGUUUUGUUCUUUUCCGCACACGUAUCUCCACACAGCUCCGCAAAAUUUCGUGAUGCAGUUGAUCCGGGCAGCCUGGGAUAACAUUUUGACCAUUGCACGUAAUUUCCACUGCUACAACACAGCAGACACCCAUUGGGGCAGGGGCAGGGUAUCCUUCCCAACUAAAACUUUCCCAGGCAGUAUGGAUUGCAUGGUAUCCGGAGAAAACUUUUUCACUUUCACAAAGUUCCAUAAUAGAAGUGAUAAUGUGCAGAGAAUAACUUGUGCAGUUGUUGUCAUUUAUCGUCCGAGCGUCUGCAGGGAUAAUUUGUGGGAGCUGUUAAUUUGUGUUGGCAGGUGGCACUUAUGUGUGUAAAGGACUCAUCACUUUGUCCUGUUAGGCUUGUCUACGAGCAAUAUCCUCUCCUCCAUGAAUUCCAAUCUGAUUUUCUAAUCUAGUCAUAACGGUUACCUUCUACUGCCACUAACCAUCCUAACAAUUCCGUCAGACAUAUCAUUUUACUCUUUAUCGGGAGUUGUUGAAAAAUUGAAAAAAAAAAAUAAAAGGCCUACAAAUAGGUUCUGUCGGUUUUUUUUUUAAAUUUGAAGCUUUAUUGUGAAAAAUUGAUUAUACAUUCAUUGUUCAAAGUAUUGC